AUGGAAGGCCUGGUCCGCCUGGUCCAUCAGGUCCAACCGGUCGUAAACGAGACGUGGGGGGCAACUGGCCCAGCUGGCCCCAAAGGAGCUCCGGGACGCGAUGGAAUUGACGGCAAGGAUGGUGCUGGCGGUGCCAAAGGUGCUAAUGGAGCCACUGGCCCAGCUGGUCCCAAAGGAGAUCCGGGACGCGACGGAAUUAACGGGAAUGACGGGGCUGACGGUGCCAAAGGUGCUGAUGGAGCCAUUGUCUCAGCUGGUCCCAAAGGACACGCAGGACGCGACGGAAUUAACGGCAAUGACGGCGCUGACGGUGCCAAGGGUACCGAUGGAGCCACUGGCCCAGCUGGCCCCAAGGGAGAUCGGGGACGCGACGGAAUUGACGGCAGUGACGGUGCCAAAGGUGCCGAUGGAGCCAUUGGCCCAGCUGGCCCCAAAGGAGACCCGGGGCGCGACGCACUUGACGGCAAUGACGGUGCUGACGGCGCCAAUGGUGCUGAUGGAGCCACUGGUUCAGCUGGGCCUACAGGCCCCAAAGGUGCGACGGGUGACAUGGGACCCACGGGUCCAACAGGACAAACUGGGGGGAUUGGAUCUAUAGGUCCUACUGGGCCAAAAGGCGAUGACGGCCGUAAUGGUGUUGAUGGUAAAGACGGUAAAGAUGGUAAAGAUGGUUUUACUGGUCCUACUGGUCAUACUGGACCUAAAGGCGCUUCUGGCCCUACUGACCCUAUUGGUCCUGCUGGUCCUGCUGGUCCUACUGGUCCUACUAGCGCUACUGGUCCUCUUGGUCCUCCCGGCCCACCUGGUUCUGGUAAUCCUGAUGACGCCAAAGUCGACCAAAAUAAUCAAUCAGUGACAUAUUCUCAACAAGAAAGGCCUCCUGAAAUUUUAGAGCUUGAUGUCAUUGAAUCGGGCGACGGGCAAGUUUUGUUGCAAUCAACGGAUAGACGAACGGCUGGCCAACAAUCCAUAUAUCAAAACAACAAGGAUGAUGCCCAUCUUGGUCUGAUGGGGCCACCUGUUACUCCUGCUGUGCCUCAAACAUCCAUUUACCUGACAAACGAAGCCCAUUCUGAUGUAGCAACGCGUCAGAAUCGUCCAAUACUCAAUCUACUGGCCCAAGGACAAUCACAAGCAGGAAGCCUACUAACGCAAGGUGGAAGUUUGUUGACCAAUGGACUAAGCCUUUCAUUUCCAAGUGGUUUAUUUGGCUAUUUGUUUGGAAAUCGAAUACUGCAAUUAAGAGGUGCUGUCGGACCUCCUGGAGAACCUGGUUCUCCUGGUCCUUCCGGUCCCCCUGGUCCUUCCGGUCCCCCUGGUUCUCCGGGUCCUACUGGUGCACCAGGUGUGACCGGAGCUCCUGGCUCCACAGGUGCCGUCGGACCAACUGGAGCAACCGGAGCUAUUGGUCCUACUGGGGCUCCCGGAUCCACAGGUGACCCAGGACCUACAGGUGAUCCCGGAUCUACAGGCGAUCCCGGAGUUACGGGUUCCCCUGGACCUACAGGCGAUCCCGGAGUUACGGGUUCCCCUGGACCUACAGGCGAUCCCGGAGUUACGGGUUCCCCUGGACCUACAGGCGAUCCCGGAGUUACGGGUUCCCCUGGACCUACAGGCGAUCCCGGAGUUACGGGUUCCCCUGGACCUACAGGCGAUCCCGGAGUUACGGGCUCCCCUGGACCUACAGGCGAUCCCGGAGUUACGGGCUCCCCUGGACCUACAGGCGAUCCCGGAGUUACGGGUUCCCCUGGACCUACAGGCGAUCCCGGAGUUACGGGUUCCCCUGGACCUACAGGCGAUCCCGGACCUACAGGAGAUCCCGGACCUACAGGCGCUCCCGGACCUACAGGCGCUCCCGGACCUACAGGCGCUCCUGGAGUUACAGGCGCUCCUGGAGUUACAGGUGCUCCUGGAAUUACUGGCGCUCCUGGAAUUACUGGCGCUCCUGGAAACCCAAACAUUCCUGGUUCUGGCGGUCGCCGCAGACGCCAUAGGCCUUAA